UGCGCGCGCAGCGGUCAGCACAGCGUCGCGAGCCCAGUUCAGUCAGAUAGUGUGUUGAGCUCGAGUCCGCGACGCACGGGCUCAGGCAUGCCCGAACCAACACAGUAAAUGGCGUAUUUUAAAACGGAUUUAUACCAGCGUCUGCUGCUUUUUGCAGUAUUUCUACCAAUCUCAGGUGUGGUGUGUUUCAGUGAGCUGUUUUUCAUAAAGGAGCCUCAUGAAGUGACGGUUCUGAGACGGGACGCUGUGGUUCUGGACUGUCAGGCCCACGGCGAGGCUCCGAUCCGCAUCCGCUGGCUGAAGGACGGAGUGACUCUCACAGAGUCGGAGAGAGUGUAUCUGCUCACCAACGGCUCUCUGUUCAUCUCAGACGUGGAGAGCCGGAAGGACAAAUCAGAUGAAGGGUUCUACCAGUGCCUUGCCCAGAACAAAUAUGGAUCUAUUCUCAGCCAGAAAGCCCGCUUGACUAUCGCAAGUUUAUCGACCUUCACUCAGCAGCCGUCAUCAAUCACGGUUACGGACGGAUCCGUCACGCGAUUCGCCUGUAAAAUCAGUGCCACGCCCCCACCAAUCAUCACCUGGGAGUUUAACAGAGUCACUUUACCACUGGCCACUGAAAGAAUCACAGUGUUGCCCAGCGGCGUUUUACAAAUUCAGGGAGUUGAACAGACGGAUGCUGGGAGUUACCGCUGUGUGGCGACUAACAUCGCCAGCCGACGCAGGAGCGCCGACGCCACGCUAACCGUCACCGCAGCUCCAUCUCCCAGAGUUCCUCAAAGGCCUCGAAUCAUCGCCGGCCCGCAGAAUCUGACCGUGGCGGUUCACGGUUCGGCUCUGCUGGAGUGCGUGGCGACCGGACAUCCUCGUCCGCUGAUCUCAUGGAGCCGGGCCGACCAUAAAUCCAUCGACGUUCACAAAACGAAGGUCCUUGGCAAUGGAAACCUGCUCAUAUCUGACGUGAAACCCCAACAUGCGGGAAUGUACUUCUGCCGAGCGACUACACCUGGAACCAGAAACUACACCAUUACAGCCGCUAAUAUAACUGUGCUAGCGCCUCCAUCUCUCGUGGAGUGGCCUGAAAGCGUGACCCGACCCAGAGCCGGUACCGCCCGCUUUGUGUGUGUGGCCGAGGGAUUUCCCAGCCCUCAGAUCACAUGGCUGAAGAACGGUGAACCCGUUCACUCCAACGGACGCAUCAAGAUGUACAACAGUAAACUAGUGAUAAACCAGAUUAUUCCGGAAGAUGACGGCAUAUAUCAGUGUGAGGCGGAGAACGAGCAGGGUUCAGUUCUGGCCAUGGCUCGUCUGAUCGUAGUGAUGUCCGACAACCGGCCGAGCGCGCCCAGAAACAUCCGCGCCGACACCGUGUCCAGCUCCGCCAUCCUGCUGGCCUGGGAGAGACCCGUGUACAACUCGGACAAAGUCAUCGCCUACUCUGUGCACUACAUGAAGGCAGAAGGUCUAAAUAACGAAGAGUACCAGAUUGUUAUCGGUAACGAUACCACCCGCUACAUCAUUGAUGACCUGGAGGCCGGGCAAAACUACACCUUUUACAUCGUGGCGUACAUGCCCAUGGGUGCCAGUCGCAUGUCGGACCACGUCAUGCAGCGCACGUUCGAGGACGUUCCCUUGCGUGCUCCUGAGUUGAGCCUCACCAGCCGCAGUCCCACUGAUAUUCAGGUGUCGUGGCAGCCUCUGUCUCAUAAGCUGAGUCGCGGCCGUGUUUCUGCGUACCGCCUCUCGUACAGGACCAGCGCAGACGAGGCGCUGACACAACUGGAGCUCUCAGGACACAAAACUCAUCACCUUCUGGAGGGUCUUCAGCCCGACACUACGUACCUGCUGCGUGUGGCUGCGGCGACCGGCGUGGGCUGGGGGGAACCGUCGGCCUGGACGUCACACAGGACACCCAAGACUUCCAGCAACAAAGUGCCUCUGGCACCAGAGCUUCAGCUGGAGUCUCUGAACUGCACGACUGUCGUGUUGCGUUGGCAUCUUCCAGCGGGAAGCAGGACGGCACUGCAGGGCUACAAACUCUCAUACCAUGAAGAGAGCCAAGCUGACGGACCGCCGACCCAGAUUCCCCCGCACCAGCGCCAGCACACCAUCGGAGGCCUGAACCCCAGAAAGAAGUACCAUGUCAAACUCUUGGCCUAUAGUUUCAUGGGUGACGGGUACCAGGCGGACCAGACCAUCAGCACACCGGGAUGUGUUUCGGUCCGCGAUCGUCUGGUCCCGCCCCCUCCUCCACCUCAUCACGUGUACGCCCUCAGUAACUCCUCCUCCUCUGUGUUCCUGCGCUGGGCCCGGCCCGCCUUCACCAGCGCACAGACGGUCAACUACACGGUCCGCUGUAACCCUGUGGGACUGCAGAACGCCUCGCUGGUGCUGUACCUGCAGACUGCGGACCAGAGUCUGAUGGUCAGUGAUUUGGACCCGAACACCAAUUAUGAGUUUGCAGUUCGUCUUCAUGUGGAUCAGCUUUCCAGCCCAUGGAGUCCUGUGGUUUACCAGACCACACUUCCUGAAGCCCCCAGUCGAGCUCCGGCCGGGCUGAAAGUGACUCUGAUCGAGGGAGACUCGGCUCUGGUGUCGUGGAAGCCUCCGGAUGAGCCCAACAUGGCCGUCACACACUACACCAUCCUGUACGCAUCACGCAGAGCUUGGGCCGCCGGAGAGUGGCAGAUCCUGCAAAGAGAAGGGAGCGUCACGAUGGCCCUGCUGGAGAAUCUUCAGUCUGGUCAGGUGUACCUGGUGAAGGUCUCAGCGUCCAAUCAGAUGGGAGAUGGGCCGUUCUCACCUGCUGCCGAAGUGACCGUGCGUGACGGACACGCCCCCCGAACACACGGCUCCUCCCACGCCACAGCGUUUUCUGAUGGUUUCUAUCGCCUGGAUCAGAGGUCGAUGACGGGUAUAGCAGUGGGUGUGUGUAUCGCUUUAAUCUGCAUUAUCAUCUGCAUCCUCAUAUUGGCCUACAGGAGUAAAACCAGGAAAUCCAGCACUGACAAAUCAAUCAGGCAAGCAGAAGGACAAGCUCCGCCCACUGUGGCCCGACUAGCCAAUGAGAGUCAAGCUGAGAGUGUGGAGGUGAUGAUGCCCAUGAUGAGAGAUCAUUUCAUCGAUGCAAAGGGUGGAACAAAUCUGAUCAUUAACAGUUAUGGGCCAGUGAAGCACACCGUUGAGAAGAAGAAAAAGAAGAGAUGGAGCUUCUUUAAGAAGGAUGACAAUGAUGUGAAGAAGGUCUCCAGUCCUUCAUAUUCCUAUCAUCAGGGAACCACCCUGCUGUGUUACACGGAAACAUCCCCUCGACACCCGCCGUCGUCCCUGCAGGGCCUGUUUGAGCCAACGGGAGGCGACAGCGAGGGCUCACACUCCAGCGAGGGCAGUCAUGAGACGGGCGACUCGGGACGAUUCUCUCACGACGACACGGAGGCGACCAACCUGUCUCUGGGUGUCCACAGUCGCCCGGCUUCCCUGCAGGACGAGCCGUCGGAUGAGCUCACAGAGAAACACACGAGGCCGAUGGCCGACGUGACGGAAACUACAGUUCAGCAACAGGAAAUGAUUGAGCUUCAUCCUGUUUAGCAAAAACCCUUGUGUUCUCUGGCGCCCCCUGCUGUUCAAACGGACUACUGAGCGAUUUGUGUGGACGACCCGAGACGUUCACACAUGCUCCGCUUUCUCGGUGAAUGUAUUAUUUGUUUCUCUUAUUCUUUUCAAUUUUUAUAAAUGAUUGUGUGUCUGAAUGAAAGUAGAAUCUCACCCACCAUGAAUGUGUUACAAAAAAAAAAAAAAACGUCCAAAAAUGUGCAACGCGACCGUCGCAUAUUCAGACGUAACCUCAUCGAGAGAGGCAAGCCUCUCUUAACUUACUAAUCUACCUCAGUUUACUUACUAAAUAUUUAAAAUCCACUUAUACACUCGACAACGUUUUUUUUUCCUUUUCGCUGAGUCUGUGUUUAUUGUUUGUUUAGUCCUGAAGUUUGGGAUUGCAAAAGUGUUUUGCCUAUUCUGACCCGGCGUGAUGCAACAAAUCUGCUGUGUAACACAAUGACAGCCAAUCAGAACAUUGUUGAUGUUUAAUAUGCAGGGCUUAGGACCAAUAGAAUCUCAUGGUGGGCGGAGCUACCCAGCUCAACACUCAUCAAAUCUCCUGAAUUUGCUGUGAUACAAUCACAGCCAAUCAGAACCUAGUUGGUGUUUAAUAUGCAGGGCUUAGGACCAAUAGGAUUUCAUGGUGGGCGGAGCUACCCAGCUCAGCUCUCUUGAAUCUCCUGUAACACAAUUACAGCCAAUCAGAUCAUAGUUGGUGUUUAAUAUGCAGGACCAAUAGGAUUUCACGGUGGGCGGGGCUAUCAAACCUCUCAUCAAACUUUCUCCCAGAUUUAUUGUGUCACGCAUGGUUAGGAUGGUGUCUUAUACCUACCUCAGGUUCAGAAACGUCCAACUUUGAAUUGAGCGUUUACGUGAGUAUUUGUGAUUGCGUCAUAUGAAUGUGUGUAUUUUUGCUCUUAUAGUCCCUGUUUUAUACUACCUCAUUUUACCUUUUGAUUUUUAGAAGUAGUUGUGUUUUUAUUUGCUUUAUCUCAGGAAUCAUUUGAAAAGCCAUGCGUUUUGUAGUCACAUGGUUUGAUCGACAGGGUAUCUUCCUCGAGUCCAAGGGCGGUUGACCCGUAAUGAAUGUGUGUGAUUUGUUGUGGAGAUGGAUUUCCUUGUCCGUAGUUCAUUUCUUCCUGUCUUCUUCUGUUAAGUACGAAGUAACCAAAAAUGCUCGAACUGACGUUUCUUAGUUCAGCAAAACCGAUAGCUUUAAAUAAUGGCCUUAAUGUGUGUAGAGCUCCGCGGAUACACCAUCAGGAGAUUCGGGUGAUUGCAGUCGAACGAUUGUUCUAGAAAACCAAAAAUAAUUAUCAAAUCUUAAGAGUAGACUAUGGAAGCUUGUUUCCGCCACAGAAUGAAAAUAAAAAAGGUAAUUGCGAC